AUGGGCAGGAGAAGCUGGGGCGGGGUAGAACCGAGGGUGGGAGGCAGAGUUGGGGUCUGGGGAGGGGGCGGGGAAGUCUCUGAAAAUUUGGGACUAGGAGUAGGAAAGGCAGCAGCCCAUGAGCGAGCCAAGGGGCAGACGCCAAGACUAUACCCGCCAGCCCGGCAAACGUUUCUAACCAGUGGGGCCCCGACCACGACCCGUGGAAGGUACCCACGAGAGGAGCCCUCCGGGGGCCUGGGUGAGUCAGAGAAAGUCGCCUUCAUGUGGGCACUCUGCCCGGCCCGCGCCCGGCCCGUGGGUACAUGCCAUGCCGAGGUGCGGGGGCUCAGGAAGGAGAGGCCGUUCUAA